AUGACCACCGGUCAGUGUACCCUCACAAACCUCAUGGCUGUUCCUGUGUACACCGGGGAGAAUAGAAAUCAAAGAUCCAAUUUAAUUAUCUACGACUCGAAAUGCACUGAGAUAGGACGUCAAGAUGACGUUCUUCAACGUGAUAAAUAUAUUGCGAUUCAUUCGACUCUUCCGAAGAUGGUCACUAUUAGAGAAUCGCAAAUGGGGGCGGGAAAAUUCAUUACGUUUAAAUAUUCGAGCCACACGGGCACCAAAGAUGACUUUCUUUGCUAUAGUACCGGAUGGGAUGCUCAUCAUCAGCAAAUUAAAGCUUGUUCUGCGCCGUUCAAUUGUACGGCUGCUGCACAUUCUGCUGCAACUGUUAACAGCUUGGACUUAGAUGUUCUCUUGGUAGGUGUACUAGCUUUGGUCGUAGCUGUUACGAGUUGA